CGACGGCCGUACCUUUUCGAGUCACGAGACUCCCUUUGCUCGAGACUGAACCUACCGCCGAACCAUACGAAUCUAUUGCGCCGCGACCGAGACUGGCCGCGCGGUCGUUACAGCCACGGAACAACGAGACUGGUAUAUGAGGGGUCCAAGUAGGGGAUUCAGCUCUGCGGUUGAAGCAUAAAGAUGGCGGUCAACAGAAUAAGAGGCGCUUUUGCGCCGCCAAAGAAAGGAGAGACGUUCGAGCUGAGAGCCGGUCUGGUCUCUCAAUAUGCAUACGAACGGAAAGAAGCUAUCCAGAAGACCAUCAUGUCCAUGACAUUGGGCAAGGAUGUGUCCUCCCUGUUCCCUGACGUCCUGAAGAACAUCGCAACGGGCGAUCUCGACCAGAAGAAGCUGGUAUACUUGUAUCUCAUGAACUACGCGAAAUCACAUCCGGACCUAUGUAUUCUCGCCGUGAACACCUUCGUACAGGACUCCGAAGACCCAAACCCCCUCGUGCGAGCGCUUGCGAUACGAACAAUGGGCUGCAUUCGGGUAGACAAGAUGGUGGACUACAUGGAAGAGCCGCUACGGAAAACGCUCAGAGACGAAUCGCCGUACGUGCGGAAAACAGCAGCUCUCUGUGUAGCUAAGCUCUUUGACCUCUCACCCUCGAUGUGCUUAGAGAACGGCUUCCUAGAACAGCUCCAGGAGCUGGUUGGUGAUCCCAAUCCCAUGGUCGUAGCCAAUUCGGUAACCGCACUGGUGGAGAUCAUGGAAACAUCUCCGGAGACCAAAGCGCUGGUGAUCACUCCGCAGACUCUGAAGAAGAUGCUGUUGGCGCUGAACGAGUGCACGGAGUGGGGGCGAGUAACGAUCCUUACGACCCUGGCAGACUACAAAGCGGCAGACAUCAAGGAAGCAGAACACAUUUGCGAGCGUGUCGUCCCACAGUUCCAACACGUCAACCCGAGUGUCGUUCUGGCCGCUGUCAAGGUUGUGUUUUUGCACAUGAAGAACAUCUCUCCCGAGCUGCUGAAGUCAUACACAAAGAAGAUGGCGCCGCCUCUAGUCACACUGGUAUCUUCCGCAUACGAAGUGCAAUACGUUGCACUGCGCAACAUCGACCUCCUCCUACAGAAGCAACCGGAUAUCUUGAGCAAAGAAAUGCGCGUCUUCUUCUGCAAAUACAACGACCCCAACUACCUCAAGAUGCAGAAGCUGGAGAUCAUGGUGCGGAUAGCGAACGACAAAAACGUGGACCAAUUGCUUGCAGAACUGAAGGAGUACGCGCUGGAAGUGGACAUGGACUUCGUUCGCAGGGCGGUCAAAGCUAUUGGCCAGGUCGCUAUCAAGAUUGAGAGCGCCAGCGAAAAGUGCGUCAAUACGCUCUUGGAUCUCAUUAACACGAAGGUCAACUACGUCGUUCAGGAAGCGAUCGUAGUGAUCAAGGAUAUCUUCCGAAAGUACCCCGGCUACGAAGGGAUAAUACCCACCCUUUGUCAAUGUAUUGACGAAUUGGACGAGCCGAACGCAAGAGCAUCACUCAUCUGGAUCGUUGGCGAGUACGCGGAGAAGAUCAACAACGCUGGGGAGAUCCUCACAAACUUCGUGGAUGCUUUUGCAGAAGAGUUCACCCAGACUCAACUCCAGAUCCUCACAGCAGUCGUGAAGCUCUUCUUGAAGAAGCCAGACCAGGCUCAAGGCCUUGUCCAGAAGGUCUUGCAAGCUGCGACAGCCGAGAACGACAACCCUGACAUCAGGGAUCGAGCCUACGUCUACUGGCGGUUGCUCUCGAGCGACCCGCAGAUCGCCAAGGACAUUGUACUAUCCGACAAACCCCCGAUUACCUCGACAAUCCGCUCCCUUCCUCCUCAACUGCUUGACAGUCUCCUUAACGAUCUCUCGACACUGGCUUCUGUCUACCACAAGCCACCGGAGGCUUUCCUUGGCCAAGGUCGAUUCGGUGCGGAAGCUAUGCAGCGUGCUGCUAUCGAAGAGCAGCAGGAAGAUGCAAGAGAGAACCCGAUUGCCGCAGCAGCCGUCGCCGCAGCAGCGAGUGGACAAUCGGCACCCCAAUCGAACAUGGAAAACCUUCUGGAUAUCGACUUCGAUGGCUCCGCUCCCGCUUCACUACAGAAGGAACCAACACAAGGACAAUCAGGUCUCGAAGGUCUGGCAGGUACACCACAGCGUGUCGCAUCUCCUGCUGUGGGCGGCACUCAACAACCACAGUCCAACAUGGACGAUCUAUUAGGUCUGUUCGGAGACGGUGGAAGUGGAGGAGCACCUGCUGCACCUGCUGCACCUGCACAUAUGAGCAACGAUGACAUCAUGAACGGGUUUGCAAGUAUGAGCAUGCAAACGAACCAGCCCCCACCUCCACAACAACAACAAAUGGGAGGAGAGGCGAGUAAGAAGACGAACCAAGAUUUGUUGGACUUAUUCUAGGCUUGGUGUACAGGAAGUAUGGUGUUGGAGUUGUCUUAGGGAACGGUACAUGCAAAGAGCAUAAGACGGCGCACGCGUGGUAACCUGUACGAUGGGAGACGAAUAGAAAACAUUCUGA